AUGGAUUUUGACAAGAGAGGGGGCAAGGGAGAGACAGAGGAAGGGAAAAAGAUGUCUAAGACGGCAGGCAGCAGGACUGGACAUGGGGGCCGGAGUUCAGGGACCAAUUCUGGAGUUCUUAUGGUUGGCCCAAACUUCCGUGUGGGCAAAAAAAUCGGCUGUGGGAACUUUGGAGAGCUGCGGUUGGGAAAAAAUCUCUAUACUAACGAAUAUGUGGCCAUCAAAUUGGUAAGUGCAUCUUCAGGGUUGGUGAACUGGCACAGAAACAUAAACUUUAAAGUCCAUUUGUGUACCACGCUGCUAUGUAACAGUUCACAUUAAGGAUUGUGUAUACCUGAUGAUCAGAUAUACUUUCUGAGCGGUGAGAAAUGAUCUGUAUAUGCAGCAGACUCUUUGAUCUGACCUCAGAGGAACAGACACAGGAAGUAAAUAGGAACUCUCUCCCCCUCCCCCUUCCUACAGGUUGGCCUCAUGUUCUGUUAAUGAGUCAACCUUUCUCUGCUUAUGUUUUACCAAAGUAGUGAUGCUCAGACAAGAUGGUAUUAUAUCAUAAAGCAUAUCUUGAUGGCUUUUAUUUUUCAGUAUGUAACACAGGUUUUUUUGAAGGGGUUCUUGUAAAGUGUGAAAUGGAUGACUUGCUGUGCUCAGGGGUCAUACGCAACUCUUAUGAAAUAGGACGUAACCCUGGUACAAUUUUUAAAUAUCAUAGCUAUUCUACAUUUCCUUAGCCUUUUAAAUUAGUUUCAAUCGUACUGAAGCUGUCCCUCUAUUAAGCUCACAGGAAACCUAAAAAGCGAUCAAUAAUUCACCUUGCCUUUUUGUUUUGUGUCAGCAUUUGCUUCUUUUUCCAGAGCCACCAGUUUAGUAGCAUUUAUACACGCUUUGAAAAACCACAUGAAAUGUCAAAGCUCCUUUUUUUUUUUCUUCUUGCUCAGAUUCUAGGCCAGCUAGAGGCAGCGAAACCAUUUCCUCUCCACAUCAACUUUUUCUCUCCACAUCUUUCUCUGCUUCAAACAUGUUGCCACUUACAGGACUUUGAUCACCGCUGGAUGCCUUGUUUUUCCUCCGAACAUCUCAUUGUAAACAUGGCAUUACUCUUGUAAAGCAGACUUACUGAAGCUCAUGGGAGCAAGGCACUAUCUAGACCACAUCUGGUCUAGUCUGUGUAUGAUUUUUCCUUACAUUUGUAUCUCCCAGUGAGGUUGUUAUCUCAGAUUGGGCAUCCACUGAAGGCUUUGCUAACCACAUCGGAGACAGAGGUUAGCAAACAGGCGUAAUUGCAGUUCUCCUCCUCUGAAAUUCUUAGUUGUGCUUGCUGCCUCUCCCCCCGUAUGCCUGUGAAACCUCCCAUCUGUUUGGGUAUUUUUAUCCCCACGGUGUCCAGCUAUAUCUGGAUCUAGCAUUAGUGCCAUGACACUGCUCCAUGGCUCUCGUGGUCUACUGGACCUAUCAGUUAUCUGUAUUUUUUAGAGUGGGAACAGGAUGUAGUGCUAAAGGUGUCAACAGGCUUGACAAGGCCUGGCUAGUAGUACACCGAGUGUGAGGACUUGUGUUUAUUCGGUUUGAUAUUGAGGGCUAAUUUUAGAUGACGUUUCAUGAUCCUUUAAUUUUGAUAGUAAUGUUUUUAUUUGACAAAUAUCACUCUCUUACUUGGUAGGCUCUGUGCUUUUUUACCAGUGUUAACACAAGCGACAUACAGAGGGCUUCUUCCUCGCAGAUUCUCGGGUUAACCCAUACUCUGGCACAGUUGUCUGUCCACAUGUUUCUGUCUGUCCCUGAUCUCACAGCUCUCCCGGGUAACCCUGUGAAUGUCACUGCUUGUCCGGCGACGGCCUCUCGUACCGUCCAAAGGAGCUGUUACUGAAGUCGUCCUCGCAAGUAACAACCCUGUUAUCUACAACCACCUGCUAACACAUGCUUGACAUGAGCAGGUUCUCCAUCAGUCACUUCAGAGUCACUGCUCACUUGGAGAUAGAAUGAAAAUAAACGUUUGAAAGUGCAGGCCUGGGACGGGGCUGACUGAAGAGGUUCAUUCAUGGAGUGGAGUGUACAUUUUGAUUCGACUCAGCUCUAACUAGAUAAGGAGUUAUAUUGAGAGGCUGCAAGAAGUACAAAUUUAAGCGUUAUUUCAUCUAUUUAUUCACAAGUUUUGGAUCAAUCAUCAAACUUCAUUAUGACAAAAAUAGAAAAUCUAUCAUUUGAACUUUUGAACCUCACUCCUUCUUGUGUUCUCUUUGUCACUAUUGAUUAAGUAAUAAGUGCUUUCAUAACCGAGUGGUUGUUAGACUCAGAAAAACACUGAAGAAAUAUAUCAGUUAUUACCUUGGGGCUGUUUAAAUCAAGUGUUGUCGAUCAAUGAAUAAAUCAAAGGGACACAAUAAAGUGUGAUUUGUUAUCUUGCUGGUUAAAACUGGUUUAAUCUCCCUCCAAUAAAUUGUGGAUGUCAACCUCCAAAGAACGGCACAUUGCGAUUGCUCAGUGUGGAGCUGGUGCUUUUAUGUGCUUAGUGUCAUGUGUGCCAGCAUUGCAGAGUAGGUUAUGUGGGUGGUGCCUGCCUGCACCUGGGACAAAGGUGAAUGCCAGUGUCACCCUGCUCCACCACGUGACGGCAGAGAUAGAGGGAGCAUGUAUGGCAGGCCUGCUGCACAAGAUCCUCUGUCAGUGGAUCUAGAACUGCUGUGAGUACUGCUGCAAAAAGCUAGAGAGAAGGGGGAAACUGCCGAGUGCUGAAAGGUCGUCUUUGUUAGCAGGCCUUGUCGACACACAGUGGUUCAGUCUUUGGUUCAGCUGGAUGCUUUCUCACACUGACAAACGCCUGUGUGAUGGAGGCAGCACCAUAUAGCCACUGCUGUGAGUACACUGCAGGCUUUGCUCCCAAGGGGGAUCCCUGCUUCUUAAAGAAACAGCAGCAUGGAAUAUCUGCUUUCUGUCGAGUCUUACUGUGAAAACUAUCCCCCAUUAGACUCUCUUAAUGAGUAAAGGGCACGACCAUCUCAUAAAUACUCUCCUGGCAUGAUGACAUAACUGUCCACCGAGAAAAUGACCAUCUAAUCCUCUUUCCCCCUCAUCACUGAGUUAUACUAUUUUUAUUUGGCCACUCUUGCUAUUUUGGUGUCGUGUUUCUCUCCCUCUCGCCUUACGCCGCUGUCUUCAAUUUACUUUUUUUUUUUUUUUUAAUAUCUAAAGGUCAUCCACCCUCACUUAACCCCAGCAUUCUGUUAGCAUUUGGUGCAGGACACAUGUACACCCACACUGUCCAGUAUUUGGCCUCUGAAAUCCACUUGAAUCAGUUUCACUCACAUAAUCGGCAGUCCGCUCUCCAAGCUUGCGUUUCAUUGUGGCUCUAUUUUCAUGUAGUUAUUCGAUGAUAAAUGGGAGACGCGUGUGAGAUGUGCCUCUUACUGUGUAGCUUCUGCUAUCAGGAAGUAGAGGUAAACCAAUUGGUGACCUCAAGUGGCAAGAAUUACUAGUAACAGUGACGAGUGGCCUUAAUAUCCGCUGAACUCAGGGACUGUAAUAAUUGAGUGUAAUAGUGUUGGGACGUAUAGUCCUGUGCAAUGCCCUCAGCUUUUGGGUGGGGUGAUAAUGGAGUGGUAGGGAGAGACAGACAAUAAAUACAGAGUCCUACUGUGCAUUGUUAGCUAACCAUGUAAAUACAGGGUGGUGUUUGUUUCACCCUAUGUACUGUAUGUUGGCUUGUCCGAAGCAUGGCCGGUCUUCAGACUUUAAAAAAGAAAAUGAAAUAGACUCUACAAAGAAUAAAAUAGUCAAUUGUAGUCAGUUGUGGCUUUAAAAUUUUAGUUUGAAAGAUUUAUUUUGAGUUUUUUGUCCUCUAUUUGACAGGACAGGAUGGUGGAUAUAGCAGGAAACGGGGAGAGGGAGUGGGAGUAACAUGCAGGAAAGAAGCCAGGCUGGAAUCGAACCCGGGUCAUCUGUGUACAUGGGUUGCACUCAGACCGUCCGGCCAGCAGCGCCCCAUUCUUUAACAUGUUUGAUUACAGAGAAAUAGCACAUUUUAGUCAUUUUAGUAUUCAAAAUAAAUCCUAAAAAUACAACACCUCCAAAAUCAUAGCUGUAUCCUCAAAGGCAGACUUGUGAACAUUUGAGUGUUAAAGUUGCAUAACAUUUAAAAGAUCCAUCUGUUAAUCAAUCUGUCAUCACCUAUUAAACUAUUGAUUCAUGGAUCCCCAAUUUGUUGAUAGUCAGCUGAUAACUAAAUUAUUUACUUAAUUUCUGUGCAUUCAUUUCCAGCAUUCACUGUUCAUUGCAAACAAAGACUGUCCCACAACACUUCAUCCACCUUUAGUCGUCAGUGUUAAGUCUAAUUAAGUCCAAUGAUGGACACUAUAUCAGAGUAUUAGCUGCAGCUCUAGACUUGCACACUAUGCCCCAUCAAAACAACUGAGUUUCUCCUCUGUGCAUACCUCAGUCAUUGUUGUUGACAGAGCUGAUAUCACAAUUCCCUACCCCUCUAGAUUUUGAUUGGUCUGUGGUGGAUCACUGACAUUGAUGAGCACAGUGGUGUGCCAAAAGCUUUAGUAAUUUCAGCUGAGUAUGCUUGUGAGCAGUGACAAGAACAGGUGAUGCUUGCUAACUUAACUCUUCAAGAAGAAUGUGAUUUUUGGGAAUCAUCCUUAAACAUGAUAAAGAAAUGGGGGUUAAUUAUGAUCAGUGAGAAAUUGUUCCAUGCAUCAUCACCAGUAAUGAUAAAAUUCAUUAUUUAGAGUUUCCAGAUUUCAGUCUUAGACAAAACUAUGGUAUCACCACAUUUCCGCUGAAGUUGCAGAUGAGAAAAAAAAACAUUAGGUAACAUGUUGGCUGUAACUUGUCUUUGUUAUUUGAGAAGUGCUCUGAAUGUUUGUGCAUUUGGUUGGAGCAUUGUGUCGAAUGUUGUAUAUUGCUUUCAAAAAGCACUCGUGUUCUGUAUGGUAUGUUAUUGUUCUUGAAGUAUCUGGCAGACUGUUUGUUUUCUCUGGCUGAGUCACUGAUGCAGAGGCACAGGAGUAAGGUGGUGUGAAGCCGCUCACUGUGCUGGUCAGUCGUGAUACUCUGAAGGAAAUCUGAGGUGUUGUACUGAACUCAGUCUGCCGCCCACUGAAGCAUGAUAAGCAGCUCUUGUUGCAGUCCAGCUCAGCAGCUUACACCAGCUCUUCAUGAGGCCGUUGUCUAAGAACUGUGAAGCCACAAAAGCCCAAUCAGCGUGUUUUGCUGGAAUUAAAGUGGCAUUUUGACGAUUUAAGUUCUUCUCCCUUCCGUGUUUGGGCCCCCCCAGAGAGCAUACUGGGCAGCCUAAAUGACCAAAUCCGUGGAUGGCAACAGCAUGUAAAAGCCUACCUUCAGUCAAGGAGCUAAUCCUCUAAUGAACUAGGAGCCAGCAGCAGCAGCAGCAGCACAGUACAUUCACACAGACACACUGUUGCUGUAAGCAUGAUUUAGAAGAAGUCAUAAAAGCUGCAGUGGAGAGUCGAAAUGUUGGUGACUUCAGAGAAGCAGCUACAGUGGUUUCUUUGUUUUAGGUGGAAAUACAUGAAUGAAAAGAAAAGUUUUGGUGGGGCAGAGUGUUUGCAAGCAGAGCAGUCAGGACUGUGUAAUUUAAAUUUUUAUGUGUACUUCCUGCUUUGUAGCAAAGCACUGUCGUAUUUCCAUUUAAGAGUCACAGUGAAACUAUAUUUUUGUGUGCUUUAAAAUGUGUUUUGUUCAAGACUUCAGCAGUAGUUAACAAGUUUCUCAUAUUUUUAAGUGUAAUUUGGGUUACAACCAUGAGUUGACACUACACUUUUCUGUCUGAACUCCCUUCAUGGCAGUGGAAUUGAAGUGGUAAACUAGAGCCAAAAUAUCCAAACCAGAUCCAGAUUAUGGUCAUUUGAAACUAGCUGAAGCCAAAUAGACCUCAGGUCUAUUUUUGAGGAUCUGCUGUGCAAGACAAGAUGGUAUGGUUGGAAUCAAAAUUCUCAGUGGUUCACAAGCAGCAAGAAAUAAAAGUCUGUUGCUGACGGGAAACACAGACCAUGAAGCCUAGAGCAGUGAUACAUACAUGUGUGUUGUUUUGAUGGUGCAGAUUAGCUUGCAGGUUGGAAUGGAUCAAACUACUUGGCAUGUUAUCUCUGUGUCAUGUCAUGCUGACACUUUUAAAAGGAACAAAGCCACACUCAAUAAUAGGAAUUACACCUCUGCUUUUCCUGCUGCAGCAUUUUAACAUUUCUGCAGUGAAAAACACUGUCCAAGUAUUUUAUUCAAGAUUGUCAUAUCAGAUUAGUACUUUAAAUUGCUGCCCCUACGACACACAGUAUCCCCGUUUUUGGUACAGCUACAUAUUUUCAGUUAAAAUGAUUCAUGUGAAUUGUAGUUAACAAGUUUGAAGUCUGUGGUCAGAGCAUAGCCACAGACAGGAAUCAUACUUCUUACAUAAAAGAACCUAUUUUCAAUGAACAGAAAAUCUAAACUUUGAAGUGAUUACCCCUAUGGCAUAACAGCAGUCAUUGUUUGCUUACAACAAAUAAUGUCUGCCCUGUUGAUUGUCAGUGGAGUGGCGGUCCACACCAGCAACAAUACUUCUUUGUUCGAUAAUAUUUGGAGACUUUGCUGUGCCCUAUAGGAUUCAUAAAAAAAACUCAAAUUAGGUACAGGUGGGAAGUUAGGCAAAUGAGGGAGUGCACAAUACAACACAUUGUACCUAGGCUGUGUCUGACUCCUGUGUUGAAUGACAAAGGAGCCUUGCCUCUUGGGUUCAUUUGAGUGGAACUUCCCAUGACUGUGUUGAUCACGACAGAGCCGUGUGCUGCGUUUGCCUUCUUCUGACUGCAGCAGCUGAGUUCAGCAUGUUUAUAAAAAGCCGUCCCAAUAACUUCUUUUACAGAAUUUAUAAAACCUGCCUGUAUGUAUAGAUUCUUUCUGUUGUCUUGGUUACAAAUGAGAGGGUACUAUUGAAAUCUGAUCUGUUGCAUUGACAGAUGCUCCCCCCUCUAACUUCCUGAGUCAAUAUUCGAAGUCAAUGAACAUACAAACAAAAGAAAUGCUGUAGCUAUUUAUAGUUUAUGAGAAGUUAUUAACUGCUCACUCAGACCCUAAACCCUUAAAUGAUACCAGACAUUGUAUUCAACAUGCUGUGGAAUCCAUGUUUAAUGCUGACAUGAGAUAAUCAUAAAUAUAGAUGAUAUAUCUUCCUUUAGCUGUACCACACCUUGCUAACAUCCUCUUUCGCUGUAGUUCCCUCCGAGUAGUAAUCAACUUGUUUAGAAUCAUGGAAAUAAUUCUGAAUUUGAUUAUUAAGUUGAAAGUGAAGUUUUUGCUCAAGUAGAUCUAGCUGACCUGACUUCACCCAGGGGCGUAUGAGGCCCUUUGAAGCACUCAUCAUCUUGGCUUUUGGUGUAAACAACUACCAUUAUUAACCAAGAGGAUGUCACUGGAAAGUAGUUGGGAGCUGCUAAGUUAUCACCAAAGAGUAGCGCUAACUUUGCUAUCAAGUUUUGCAUUGGUAUGUCAUGAGAUAUUUUUCCAACAAAGUAUACUCCUUUGAGUGUCUGUCAGUGUAAGGAAACCUGGAUCAAUUGACAAAUUAGCAUUCUGCUGUAUAGGAAAAAAACUUGAACUCAUUAGACUAUAACAAAGAUGUCAACAGAAAAAUCUCAACUGAAAUGAUAAAUCAAUAUCAAAGAACAGUACUGGAAUAUCUUAAAUACUUCUGUUGUGCAGUCUCUGAAUGAAAGCUGGUCAAGGUUGGUCAUUGGACCAUACGAAUGAUGCCUAAUCCUCGCGAGUGUGUUACUCUAGGUUUGGGUAGGCAGCUUAUGGCCCCAUCAGGGUGUGUUAAAUCUGAGCUGAAACAGGAGAAGCACUGGACCCCAGCCAGCUGUUGCUUUCUUGCACCGAUCGCUCUUUAACACCAGACUCAGAACAUCGACACCUUUUGAUCACUGAGACUACACACACCACACACACACACGAACCUCAAGCUUCCCCAUUUGUGUUUUCGUUGGCGUCAUUAGUGUCCAUAUGAGGGCUGCUGAGUGGAGAUGCACCAUGUUGACAUUUGAGUCGCUCAGUCUGAGAUAGGAUGAGUCACAUUGCCAGUUGGAUAUUGUGAAAUGGUUUACUGGGAGUCAAGCGAAGGUCAGGGUCUAUUCUUGGCCUUAUGCAUAAUGCUAGGCCUGUUCUACUAGGCGUGUCACACAUAAGUGUACAUAUGCACCCGUUGAAAGUCAUUCAGGCUUUCUGAAUAAUAAAGAGCACAGAUGCUUAUUCAUGUUUAUGGCACCAUCCCAGUGUGUGCUGUACAUCAUAAGAUGGUGAUAAUAAGGUCCAAAGGUACUCUCCUCCUCUUCAGUCCCACUGCAGUGUAGCAUCACGUGUCGAGUAACUUAUCACAACUGGAUAUGUGCAAUCAGUAUUGGUGGACUGUUGGACUAAUUACAUAGUCAAUAACCUGUAAAUCAUUCUGAUCAUAAAUCGAUUGAUUGGUCUGUAUGGUUUGUUAUGAAGGGUCACUGUUGAUCAGGGAUUGUCUAACCCUGCGAUGAAAUCCUUAGUCAUCUGUUUGGUUCCCAACCAAAACACAUUCACUUUCCUGUUGAAAAGGAGUAGUGAAAGCAAAAAUGUUUGUGUUUAAGCCACAGAAAUCGUCCAGUGUUGACGUUUCUGUUGGGAAAAAGUGAGCUGCAUUCCCCGGUGCAACCAAUAUACCAGUAUAAAAGUCAGAUAAAGGUAAUUUAUUGUUCUGUGGUAUUAUACCCAGAAGAUUGCGCUUAAAAAAAGCAAGAGACCCCUUUGCUACACAGAGCAAAAGUGCCAGUUUUAAUGGAGAGACUCUAAUUUACGACAACAUGUGACUUGUUAGGGGAGGGGAUCCAAGUCUCUGCAGAUUUGUUGCAGGCAGUAGGUCUGUCUGUACUUCACAACUAUCACCACUACUGUGUUGAAAGGGUGGUUACAAGGCGGAACCUGAGAGAGCCACACAUCUGUAUAGAAAUCGCACAUUGCUAAAUGCAAUGGAGUCCUCAUGUAGGAGGGUACUUUAAACCUAUUUCCUAUUGAAGCCCCUCAACAACAGUCAGUGUCUUAUUUACCACUGGGACUUUCUGUAAAUGUCAGAUUUUGCACUACAUGGUAGCAGAAGGGAAAGAGCCAAAUGCUAUUUUUCAAAGCACAAAUUGAUUUACUGCAAGUGAAAUCACAGAUUCUGGUGAAAAACUCCAUCUGUAGUUGACUGAAACAUCUCAAACAAACUUUCCCUCUAGAGUACUUAACACACAGAGAAAUGUGAUAUGUUAAAGAGAAUGAGUGUAGUGUGAGACUUUUCGAGACUUCAAAUGACAGGUGUCUAAAAUUAGUUUUCUUCUUCCUCCUCAUUUGGUGGUCAUUACUGAAUUCAUUCAGUGAGGUCAAGUCUGAUCUUGCUCAUCAGUGUUGGAGCAGAGAUCAGAUUUAGCCUGGAUGACAUCAUAUGCAGAGUUGGUUAAUCCCGGGGAGAGGACACAGUGUGGAUGAAGCGAGCCAUCAGCUCCACACAGCGUCUAUCACAGGUUAACAUGCAGGACCCAUCACGUAAUCAGGGAUGACAUAAUCAUAUGUUUGCUUCAAGAGUUUUCACUCCAAGAGGGAUCCUUGAUAUGGCAUGUCGCCUCUCAUCUUGCAGUCAUCCCAUGGUAGCUGUAGCUACAGGAUUUGAUCGGACUAGGGCUGUAUUUACUUCAGCACUCUUACAAACAAAUCUGUCCACUUUUUAGUGUUGUGCUACUGUUAGUGUAAUUUAGAAAUUAUUUUCUCAUAUUUGAAUUAAAGAUGAACCCAUCUUUUCACCGAUGUUGCCAUUUCCCCCCUUUUGUGACUUCAGUCAUUGCUGCUGAUAUCUAAAAAACCCAAAUUGUAGACUUAAACCAUCUUUAAGACUGCUUUUCUUUUAAUCAUAGUCAAGCAUGACUUAUAGCAUAUCCAGCUAUGUAACCCUGUAGCUGAGGUUCAAUGCGGGUUAACGAACUUGCCAAACUGUUACUGGAGCACAGAGUUUAAAGGGUUGGGACUAUAGCGGAGAGAAAUACGACAGCAAACAUCCCAACGGAGGUAACCCCAGCAUGGUGGCAGACUGCCUCUGUGCAUUGAUAGUCUUUUUAAUCCUUCAGUGGUGAGUGUAAUGGCUCGGAUUAAGGUGAGGUAAUGUUCACCGGCUGAAUAAGCAAGAAAAAAAGUCAUGCUAUCAUAAUACAAAAGAUGAUUUAAAAAAUAAAUUAAUAAACAAGGGGGUCUUUUGAAGGUGCAUUUCAAAUGUUCUGGUCUCAAGCACAGACUAAGGCUGCACGAUAUUGGAAAAAAAUAAUAUUGCGAUUUUUUCAACCCUGCGAUAUAUAUUGCGAUAUUAAAAAUACAGUAUUUUCACCAGAUGACCUGAAUAGCACUUAAUGUUAUGCUGCACUGCUGAAAUCUUGAGGACAGUUAAUCUGCUCUGAUCUUACCUCUUUUUGUGAAUGUUAGUAGAACAGCUUUUGUCUGUCUCAGAGAUAUUUUUAGCUUUUAUUGUGCUGGGACGUUAUUGUGGCAACAGAUGAACACAGAAGACGUGUUUUGGUCGACAUCAUCCUUCUUUUAACCGAAAUAAUUCCAGAUAACCGACUUUCCUUUUCUUUUUGGCAACAAAUCUUCAUUUUCGGUGGUUUUCGCUUGUUCGUUGCUCAUUUUGCGAUCGUUGUUGUUGUUGUUAGCGGUGUUGUGCCGAGAAACGCAUGUCCUCCGAGAAUUGCAUGCACCUCGCAAAACGCGCACUGCUUAUAGUAGAGUGGUCCAUGGAAAUGUACAAUUUAAAACCCAUACAGUUCUUAUUUGUUGGGCUUAAUAGUCAUGAGUAAAGUUCCCAAAGUAAUUCUCAGCGGACACACGUCUCCCUCCAUGUGCAGAACAUGUGCAGGGGUGGGUUUUCUCCUCCCUGAUUUUGAUUGACAGCUGGCAGGGUAGUCUGAUUGGCAACUGAGAAGUGAGUCUGAUUGGCAACUGAGUUAAGGACGAAGAUGAUUGGUGGAUCGCUGCACAGCACAUGCAGAGUCACAUGCAGUGUAUCUCAGUCGGUUACCCUUGAAAUUAAAUGAGUUCAUUCACCUCCAAUAUCGCAGGCUCUGCGAUGUGACUAUCGCACACACGUACAUCGCGAUGACGAUAGUCAAACGAUAUAUCGUUCAGGCCUAGCACAGACCCAUGCUACAAUGGCAGUUUGUUUUCUGACAGCGAAACACAGCUGCAGGAUGGAACAGCUGAGGUGGAGUGGUCACUGUAGCAGCAGGUCAGACAGAGAAGGGCCCUUCUGGCCGAAGGGUCAGCUGGCCCGGACACAGGCCAGCACUCUGCAUGACAACACAUGGGUUAACCAAAACUUUCACUAUAGCUAGGCAGUGCAAACAGGUGAAAGUAACCAGAAUGCACCUUUUACUUUAAGAUGUAUACAAAUAAAAAAGCAGAUAUUAAAGUUAUAAUAUUACAAAUUGCAUAUAUUUGACCAAGAGAGACCCCUAAUGAAUUAAUUUUCCACAAAAAGGCUCCUAUUAUGGGAGCGUGUCUGCACAGGGGGAGGAUCAAACAUUAUCUGAUAAAGGCAGAAGCUGAGAAAAAUCCUCAUCAUAUGCAAAGUUGUUACAUCAGACAUUUGCAGCUUGGCCUUCGUCGUUUACACAGCCAUAGCUUAUCCCAUCUGCUGGGAGUAGAGAUGACUCUUAAGUACGUAAAGCUGCCAUAAGCCUCUGUUUCCUAUUGUAAGCUGUUUUAAAGGGUCCUGUGGUUGGGUGCCAUCUGUUUUCACUCAUUAUUUAUAUAUUUUAUGUUUUCUUUCUCCUCUCCUCCCUGGCAUGGCCUGACUUGUGUGAGAUGUGCUUGCUGUCCGUGCUCAUGUGGGAGGUGGAUGACGAUACAGCAGUUCCCAGAUCUGCCUCCCAGACUGGUCACGUGUCGUCCUCCUACAGGCCUCCACUCCUCUGUGCUGCCUCCUGUCUUUCAUUCUCAGUUUUAUAGCCCCUGGCAUGCACAUUUGUUCUUACUUCUCUGGUACUCUUCCUUGUUGGCAUCAUGUUGCAGCAGGAUGCUGACCUUUUUCUCUCCGCAGAUGAUUAAAAAAACAUGUAUGUAGUGUCUGCGAGAGCUCCCAUUGCCUUUGAGGGAAUAUAUUACUCCUAGCUUCAAACUUCUCAUGUUUGAAUCACAUCACAACAGAACAUUGUUCUUGUUAUCUCAUGGAUUGGAUCAAGUCAUGCACAGUCUCUUGUCAGUUAUCAAACAUAAUCUCUUGUGCGAGGUUGUAAGCUCUUUUUCUGUUCACAGUUAUGCUUUUAUUUAAAGCAGCUACUUGACAAAAAUACUGAGUGUGAAGAGGGUAUUGUAUAAUUUUUGUUUUUCUAGCGAUAUCCUCUUUUUCUCAACAUGUCUUGUGCCUCAUGAGGAAACACUCACAGUUGUGUCACCACAUGUUGUUUUGAAGACUACAUGGACCUCUCUCAUACCACGGAAAAAACCUGGCAGAUAAUCUUUUGAGAAAAUCAAGAAAGAAGGAAUCGAGUUCACAAUUUACCCAGUUCACGUUUGCCCAACCAGCUUUUGCCAACCUUAGAUUGAACCUUUAGUGAAACCUCAGAUCACAGCAUUUGAAACUUCGAGACGCCAUCAGAAAAGAGUGGAAAGUCCCUCGUUGUGGUACAGAGCUUGUAGCUCUCACUCCCACAUGCUAUCAGGGAACUAGAGGAGAAAAUGCUCCUGAUUUGAUAAAGGCCUGAUGGAGAGAAUGUUGAGGCUUAACAGCUUUCACUUUAUAUAAUUUAAAAUAGAAGUGCUUUGGAAUUUGAUGCACAUGGAAAACAACUUUAAAGAUUAAACCUCUCUCCUAGCACCUCUCCUCUAGAACUAGUUGUUGAUUUUAAUAUGUUAUCACUCAUAUGCUGAAUUUUUAAGUUAAUUCUAAUAACCUACAACUUUUCCCACUAAAUAAGAGAACAUCUGAGCUAAUUUUGUGAAUUUUGAAAACAAAUGUUCAAAGAGGGGGCUGCAAACCUCUGUCGUGGUGAAGGCUUUAGCACAGGCUGUGAUGUAGCUAUUGAAGAUUAAGUUGAAGAAUUAGGUUGUGUGUGUGUGUGUUUGUUUCAUCCUCUUCAUGAUUGCCUAUAAUGCUCUUGUCAUCAUGAGAGUGGCGUUAAUCAGAUUACAUUUUAGGUUGUAAAGCUGGGACUAGCGAUAUAAUGAACAGUAUGUUUUAGCAGGUCAAUUAUCACCCAUGUCAUCACAAAAGCCUGCUGUUCACCAGCUGGAGCGGCUUUUUAUCCUCUCAUAUCCUACAACUCUGACCCCAGAACUCAUUUAAGUUCUAUUAGGCUAUUAAGAUAAGAAAAAGCAUUGUGCUGCAGUUAUUUGAGUUAAUUGCAGAGGGAGGUUAUCAUAUUAAAGUUGUAUCAAGGUUGUCACUCAAAAUUUGCUUUGUACUCUUGGAGUGAAGCUCCUAACUCGGUUCGUUUUGCUUGAAAUUAGUCUUUCAUUUCUCUUUAAUUGUCCAGGAACUGUGCAAGUAGUGAUAUAUCACAAUAUUCUGUUUUUCCCUCUGAGAAAAGUAUAACAUGAAAAACUUGAACCUUCACAUCCAGCUGAUUUGUGAUCUGUGAUGUUUACUCCUUUUUUUUGCUCUCCUCUUUUUCAGGAACCCAUAAAGUCGAGGGCACCACAGCUCCAUUUGGAAUAUAGAUUUUACAAACAGUUGGGAAACUCAGGUAAGAGACGUGCAGACUGAAGGUUAUUGUUCUCUGACUGACAGCAUCACGCAAUAACACAACACCUUUAUUAUGACCAAGUAACUCCAGAAGAAUGACAGGAACCCUCCAACACAAGUUCUAAGAUGUCAUAAUAAAAGAAAUCAAAUCAAAGCAUCACAGACUCUUUUCUUAAAAACCUAUUACUAAUUCAGUUGAAGCAUGUUUCCCACGCUCUUGAGCUAAUAUGCACCUACUUAAGGCCAGUCAUCUGUGUGUAGAAACAUGGCUUAAAUACCGAUACAAUCCAAGAAAUAGCAUAGUAAAAAAGGAAAGAAAAAAACACACCUUGGGCUUUGCAAUGAUUAAGAUUUGAUGUCAUAUCUAAGGCAGAGUUCAGCAGCUUACAGUGGCCCCAUUUAGUCUCAGAACUCUCUAGAACUCGCAAGGGUACAGGAGGAGGUUAUCAAGAACAAUGGCAGCAAGAAAAAGGAGCAAGUUGUGGGCAACAAAGAUAAAUCCCCUUAAAUGGUUGACAGUGUUUAUGUAGUACUUGCUUAUUAACUGAGUGAAAAUGCAUCACUUUUUGGAUUGAAAGCUGUGUACAGUGAGGCAAUAAAUUUGACCCUGUUUUUUCGCCUUUGUGUGAAAUUGGACUUGAAUAAAAGCUGAAUUCAGGCUAUAUAUGCCAGAUCUGCACUUGAGUUGUGUUGCAGCUAUUGUUCAAUGUGCUUCUCAAGUUUUAUAAGUACAAAUAAGAUUUACAUUCCUCUGUAUUUAUCCAAUUAGCAGAGAUUGCGUUCAUUAAAUUUACAAAUCGAUUUAGGAAAAUAAAGGUUCUGUUUGUGGAGACUGCUGUUUGUGGUAGUUUGAAUAGAAGGCAUAAAGGAGAGGAGAGAGCACAUCUUUCAGUGUAGCUGCAGUAGAGUGGACAUGUAACAUCAGGAGGAUGGACACAUGAAUACUACAUCAACAGACACUUCCAUUCUACUUAAGGCCAAAUUUCACAGUGGGUUUGUUUAUCUCUCUGCACCCCCCGGGGGAUACUGGCUGUUAUAAAAGCCCGCAUCUGCUUUUCCAGUCCCACCUCUGCAUUACCCAAAGUCUGUCCUCUCCUACAGCACUGUCCAGAAACAUGUAAAUGUGUGUGUUACAUAGCUGUAGCUCUAGGGGAGCGGCUCUUUGAUCUGACCUGGCUGGUUGCAGAGGGUGAGAAAGGAGGCAGGGAAUGGGCCUGGGUUUUAUUUCAUCAUACAGCACUGACUGACUGGCUGGUUUUGGAAAUAUUUGCCUGUUUUGUUAGUGUAAGAUUUUCUAGAUGCAUAUGUUGAUUUAGCUUUCUCACAGACCUUGUGUGCAGUCUUUAAUCCAUAAACCAUAUGCCAACACGCCACUAAAACCUAGUCAAACUAACAAAAACUAAAGCUGCACCAAAGAGGUUUUCGCAGUCUCUGGCGCCUCCUGCUCUGCCAGUUUCUGCUCUAUAUCCUCUGUUGAUUUUGAUCCCAUAGCUCCUUUUUUAUUCUUUCACCUAGACCAGGUCCUUUUAAACUGUGUAAAUGCAGAAACCAGGUCCCAGUUGACACUGUAGUACAUAAUUUAGCACAAAGGAGGCUCACUGAGUCAAUUAAAGCGUGACCCCUCCCUCAAAUCUGCAACAGCGUAUUUUAAAAAUGCAACACAGGAAGAUCUGUGAGUGUAGGAUGCAUGGACGAGUGUAUAUGUUAGAAAUGGAGGGUGGGGUAGCUGGGGAGACUGCCUGCUGCUCAGUGUAGCAUGGACAGCUACAUAGAGCUGGGCGUCAGAGCCAACCAGCCAUGAGAAGCUGCUGUCAGAAUGUGCAUUUCUGGGCUCAGAUACAGAGAUGAGUGAAGCUUUGGCAGCCAGUAGAAGUUCAUUUGUGAUACUUUGAAAGAGUAACCCUGUUGGUUAUGUGUGUUUAAGCCAGGUCAGGAGUUAUAAUUUCCAAGGUGUGCCUCCUAGGUCUUUAAACAUCUGAAUGUUUUAAAGCUGUCAUUGGCCAGAAAAGGCAGAUUCUCACUCAUUUUAGUGUUCUUUAUGGAACAAUUAUUAUGGGAGAGGUUUGGGUGAACAUAUUGACGUGUAUGAUUCACUGUGUUACCUACAAGGCGAUGGCUGUGGAAUAAUACAGACCUCCAAACUCUGAUUUUCAUGGGGAACUAUGUACAGCUGGAUUUGUCAUUCCAAGAAUAGAGUUCGAGUCUUGCCGGGGUCCAUCAUCAUCUGGCGAGUGUGUAUUCCUUGGUCUAAUUUAGUGAUAUGUGUCAACUUCCUGGCUCCUUGUGCCAGAGCAGAAGCCCUAUACUGUUAAUAAGGAGGUGGGGUUUAGGGCAAAGCUUGACUAUUUAUAGCUGGCCCUCCACAAGCAGUAAGGCAACUAUGGUGUGUCUGCUUGGAAAGCUUCCCCAUGCCAAAGGAUCCACUGCCGCUUUGAUUGAUGACUGCAGGCUGCAAGGGAACUCUCUAAUAUGCACUGCUUACAGAGUGUGGCCUGUUUUUCUCAGGGUUUCUCAUGCUUUAAUCGUUCACUCUAAUCUGUGAGUUGAUGUCAAUUUAAGAGUAACAGUGACUGUAAUCUUUUGUACCAUCAUUUCAAGUUAUUGCCUUGGUUAUUUUCAGGGUUGCAGGAUAUUAUUGACAUAAUAUUGGCAUCGGUAGAUAAAAGCCUCUUAAUUUGAGUAUUGGUAUUUGCAGAGAUGAAAAUGUCUUCUGACAUGUACUGCUCAUAAGGGGACAUGUUGAUUCUGAGCAGCAGUAACAACUUUUGCACGCCAACAACAAGUUUCAACAUGUCGGCUAUAAGGAAGUAUUUUGAUGUGUAGGAGACAGGCGUUGAGACAGCUCUUUGCUGUGCUUGUAAAGCAUAGGUGAUAGGAUAAGGAGCAAAACAACACCUCUUUAACAAUUCGCCAAUUUAAUCGUUGAACCCUCAUCCUUGAGCUCCAUGAUUUUCUGAAAGUGCAAAAAAGUCAUUAGCUUCUACAGUCACGCGACAAAGCUAAAGAAGUACAGUGAGGUCCACUCAAAGGUACUGGAGCUUAACAUGAGAAUAAUUUAAUUCAUUUCUCUUGAUAACCAGCCUUUUAGCAUAGUGGAAGAUAAGGGCCUCUCCAUGUUAAUGAUGUGCUUUGAUCGGUAUCGGUAUCAGUAUUGCAAUAGGAGUUUGAAACUACAGACAGAUUGGAUGUCAAAAAUCCUGCAUCCCUGGUUAUUGUCUCUUGCAUGAUAAUCUCAUUAUGGUCAUCCUGUCUGACUCUGAGACUUCUGCUGCCCCACUCUUAUUGACUCAGGUCGUCUGUGGGGUAUGUGACGAUGACUGUUUACAAUAUAAAAGACAAUUGUAACCAAAUUAUGUUUGUAAAUUGUGAAUUUUUCAUGUGCAGUCCCUCAAAAAAAUAGAUCCUGACAAAGAUCAUGAUGUACUCAAAUCAAGAAGUGCUACUCGAGCACGAUUUGGUGCAUUUAAUUCCCCUCUCUCUCUCCCCACGUUUUCGGUCUCUCUCAGGCUGUCCUCCAGUGAAAAGUAAAAAAAACACAACGUUGUUCUUGUACAGAAGUGUAUACGUGUCAUUGACAAUGAGGCCCAUUUGUUUGGCUGAUGACAACAUUUUGACAUCAGGAACUGUUGAACAGUUGGUGUGACGUCACGUUAUUAUCAGAGGAUGACCAACAGACCAUGUUUGUGUAAGGACACAGAUAAUGAGUGUUUUAUCUUCUUCCCACUCACAAAAAAAAGCUCUGAAGUAUAAUGAGCAGAAAUCAUGCCAAGAAAGGACGCUCUACUCUUUUAAAGACACGCAGUCAUUUCAGUGUCAGAUAUUGUCCGUUGGCAGAGAAGCAGAAACUUUGAGCAGUUUGACUCAUCACUGAACCAUGGAGCUACAACAACACGACUCGGCUACGGAGAGAGGUCCUGGUUCCAGCCGAUGACUGGCUGCUAUAUGAUGAUGUGACAGGAAAGGUUCACUUCACUGUCUAGCAUGGGUGGAGUCAAGGCGACAGAUUAAAUGUACUUAUGUUGUCAACCCUGCUAAAUGGACACAUGUGACCCUGAUUGUCCAGGGCAACGCGAGAGCCUCAAAUAUGUCGCAGCAUGGACUAGUCAGCGCUUUGCGCCCAGGAGGAGAGGAGGAGCUUAUCUGCACACUGUUAAUUCUCUCCUGUCCUGGGCACAUCCCAGCUGUUGGGAAUUCUGCCUCACAGCAAUUUACAGCAGUGUUGUUAUUGUUGUCCUUCUUCAUGGUUAACACAGAGUCAAUUGACAUAAAUGGUGGUAAAUAUAAUUUACUGAUGAUCACUCAGCUGGGGUGGUUCUUCCCAACUACAGAGCUUGUUGCCUCUUUAACAGUCAUGGUUUGUUUGUGGUCAGGUGAGUGGCUUCACCAGGAAUACACAGAUUUGAUCUCAAGGAUUAUUAGAGAUGGCAGGGAUUAUCCAUCAUCUUCUUUGAACCCUGGCCUUGAUAAAUAACCCUUAAAAUUAGGGCCCGACCAAUAUGGAUUUUUUUGGGGCAGAUGCCGAUACUGAUUAUUAGGGGGAGGGAAUCAUAAAUCAGUCCAUACUUAAAAUCCCAACAAAUGUAAAAAAUCUGAACGACCCCAUACAUGAGAACAAGUAACAGGUAGUAGAGUCCCAACUCUCCAAACUAGAAAUCUUGUUGAAUCUCAUGACUUUAGAGAAACAUCGUGGGAAACAAGGUGGUUGUUAAGCCAAACAUCGCUUACAUCGUUUGCACUGCAGCAGCACUGUGAGAUGUACAUGUAAACACACAAUUACUCUCCAGAAUGUCCUUUCCACUCAUUUGUCAUUUGUGGACUCUGUGGAGGUUUACUCACUCCCAGCAUCAUCUGAAGGCAGAAACAGUUGUCACAGUGUAAGACUCUGUCCUCAUGCCAGCCUUUUUAAAAUCAGCUUUACUGCAAUCAAUGACAAUAACACAGCGGUUCAUUUACAUACAGACACAUAUCCCAGGGGUGGAGAGAGGAGUGAGGCAAGGCAAGGUUAUUUAUACAGCACAUUUCAGUGACAAGGCCAUUCAGAGUGCUAAGAGUAAAGAUGAAGAGAAUGAGAUAGAAAGUAAAUCGAAAUACAUGGAAGAGAAAAAUCUAACAAUCAGUGGUUUGGAUUAAGUUGUAAAAAGAUCACAGCAUGUCUAUGGCAGCAUCUAUUUGACAAUAAGCAGGGGAGACUGGCCCACUGUGGGGGAAAAUCUGCUCAAUUUCAGGAGCAGAGUUUCUGAAACUUUCAAGAAAAUGUCUCAAGUGUGUUAACAGUCAGAGCUGUCGUCAGCUUGACUACUGGAUUUCCCAGGACACUUGUGUUGUUACCAGAAAUAACCAAGUUGGUUCUCUCUUUCUGAUGUCCAUCGGACUUCACGCUUCCCAUUAACUGUCGCCACGGCUGUGUUUGUCGUGCUUCCUCCUUCAGUAGGCUUGCUUCUCGAUUAGCUAUCAUUCCACUCCAUGUGACAACUCUCUCAGUGUGCGCUCUGUCAGUGGAAUUCUGCCCACACAACAGGAUGUCUGAAUUUAACUAUCAAACCUGUUCAGCAUCUAUGUUUACAAACUGGUACAGCACCCAUUAUCUUCUAAGCAUACGAGGAAGUAAAAUCACUCCCAACAUACCUGGCACUUCAAGAAGAUCUGACAUGAUCUUUUGAACCAUCAGAAACUGGCCUUGAAUAGAAAACAUGAAGAGCUGCAUAUAUAUCUGGUCAUGUUUAGGAACUAACUAACUAAAUAAAAUAAACAAGUAUUGCUGUCUUAUUUCUCCCCCACACACUCUCGUCUCCAGCCCUGUGGUGUCUUGUGGGAUUGAUUUGCUUGUGAGUUGCGUUGCAUUUGUAGCUCUAGGCUUAGCCUGUGCAUGCCCGAGUGCUGAUCACGUUUCAGCCGAGUGAGAACAUCUCCAGAGCCCUAAUGGAAGCCACUUCUCCUCCUCCUCCUCCUCCUCUCUAUACACUACACUCAAUACAUAAUUUCAGUCUUUAAUGUGUAUUCCUUUUCCUCUCCCUCCUGUCUCAAUACUUCUCCUCUCUCCUCCAGCCGUCUCCUCUGUGGCCCUUAACUCUGACAUUUCACUGUGGGGAAACAUUGUCUUCAGCUGCCAUGAUGCAGCCUUCCCCUCUCUCAGUGUCGCCUGGGAAGGUCUGCCAGCACAUACAAUAGGUCGGAUUGUCUGAAAUUGUCAAGACAGCAGGGGUCGGAGCACCACCGCCAUUGGCCCUCAGUGAAAGCUGGAGCACGUCGCAUAAUGCUGAGCAGACUGUGACUUACGAUGACUUUAUGAAACAGUCGGAACUUUGAGGCUUUUUCAGAAGCAGACACUGGGUCAUUUGACAAGUUAGAAUAAAACCAUAAGCAGUGAAAUAUCCUAUCAGGGAAACAUGAAUAAUGUAAGAGGAAACUUUUCGACAUUUUGGUGUUAAACUUUAGCCUGUAGCUGUUGAAGAAGAUCCAAAUGCUGUCUGACUUAAACACUCAUCCGUAUUAGUGCUUCAUUACCCCAGUUUGUUAAAGGUCUUGCUGACGACUUUCUGCUACACUGAGGAGUAAAGGUCUUUACACACCGGGACUGACGCAAAUAUACAACGCAAAAUUACGAAAUAUUCAGAGUCGAUUUUUUACGCAACAUACUAUACAUAUCAAGCGCGAUGCAAGACGAAUGUGCGUUUAUUUUGACGAGACUCGAUGAAAAUGUUAGUGGUGGAUGAUGAACAGAGUUGCAAAAUUCAUGAGCAUUUCGUCAGUCAACAAUAAACAUAUAUUCUGCAGUGUUGUUUUUGUUGACGAUGACGUUGACGAAAUAUUUUCAUCAACAUUAUCGCCAACGAAAACAACACUGGUAUGUUGAAUCUGAACAGGUUAGCUUAUGAGCUAAAGUUACUUAGCACAGAUAAAAGUUAAAACAAAGACGUUUAGCAAACUGUUAAAGCACACAAACCAUCGUCAUAUGAGAAAUCCGACGCUAUGACUCUCCACAAGUUGUUAUCUUUGUAAUGUGUCUGUUUUUUAAAAUUUUUUUAUCAUAAAGCACUCUGUUCUUCGACACGUAAACAAUCAGCCGGUUGGCCAUGUUUGAUAUACCGGUGAAUCUGACAUCGCAACAACACGCAAUCUGAUUGCAGAAUUGGACACACAGUAUGCAAAACUUUAGAAAAUUCAACCGUGAAACGAAAAAAAUAAAUGCAGCAAUAUCGCAGGACGGGAAAACGUUGCUGAUGUGAAUGCUUGUAUUGACAGGAUACGGGUUCGAAAAGAAAAAUUGACGUCCGAAAUAAUCAAAUGAAAAAAACGGUGUGAAAGGACCUUAACUUUGCCUCUUUUGUUUGGACCUUGUUGUCAGUCCAAUAACUCAUUUCAUAUGCUAUAGUUUUGUUCUACAGUAUUGUUUCCAUCCCUCCACAGCAGCUGCACUCUUUGCUUGUGUCCAGCAGCAGAAGACUAGAAUACACAGUGUGCUCUUCUCCUCUUGUGAUGACUCUGCUUUGAAUGCCCUCUAGAUUUGGGCCAAGCUUUGAUGAGUCAGCCUCCCAGUGAUCUCUUGUCACUGCCUCAUCUGUCAUUGGCAUUAUUACCAGAUAAAAAGCAGACUAAAGAACAGACAGGUGUGCACAUGUGUUUCGGUUUACACCCCUGGAUGCUCACUGUCUGGGGGGAAAAAAGUGGGUUCAAGAGGUGAGUUCAACAAUAAAGCAGCUAGCACUUGUUAUCUUUGUCCCAUUUUCCCUUUAUAGCUUCACCUUACCAUCUUUGUCCAUGUGACUGUCUAUCUACCAGUUAACAUAUAACAUCAGUGCUGCUGCGCCUGUUGCGGCUGUAGCUCUCUGGAAGAUGGCUGACAUGUAGAGAGUCGGCAGUGGGUGGCCUUUGGCACUACGGAAAGGUUCAAAGGUCGAUGGGUGGCCGCCUGGUCAGAGAACACUGCUGCUUUGAAUCAUGGGAGAAGCGCUAGUCUACAACUUUUCUGACAGCGGAUAUAAAGUGAAUAGAUGUUCGAGCAAAGGCAGUGCACUAGAUUUAUAAAUAGGGCCGGGUACUCUGUGUCUGGGAUUAUCAAAUAAAUAAAAAGUUAGUCACAAAGGAAAUAGUGAUGUGGAUACUUUUAUGGCACCAAUCUAAUUCUUCAAGUCAACUAUCUAAAAAAUGCUUUGUCAUUGGGUCCAAAUUUUCAAAGGGCAAACUUUAUCAGAGAUUGCGAGCCAGUUAACCUGCAGCGUGCUUGUACUGAGCUCAAAUAAAUCCUGUGAUUUACCGUCUGAAGUUACAUGAGAUGGAAAAACAGAUCUGAACCCAGAGGCAGGGUUUGUUGGUGUUUUGUUUUGUUGACCUGUGUUUCUGCUGCUGCUGCUGCUGCUGCUCAAGUCAAGGAUGUCUGAUACACUGCACACAUUAAACCUCGAAGUGAGCUGUGUUUUCUCACUGGGCUCAGAUAAUUUGUUGACAAGUGUAAUUUCUUUUGGACCAAAAAGUAAAUAGUAACAGUAAAAGUAAAUAAUAGCUGAAGUUAAAAGAUAUUUGGAUGAUUUGGUCUGAGAUACUAAUAAAAAGAGAGUCUGGUGAAUUGCCCAAAGCCUCCUGGGAAAACCCUGCUGGCUUCCCUUUUGUCCAGAACUUAAAAGAUUAUAAUAAACAGUUUUAUGUUUGUUUCCCAAGAAUCAGCUUUAGUGAAAAACCAAGCUUUGUGGUUUUUUGAACAGAUUCAUCUAAAAUUAGUUGAUCAGGACAACAAAGGACAGCAAUCCCUGCUUAAAAAUAAUAGUCAUGUGACCUCUGUUUCUUUUUUUUUUUUUUUUUUUUUUUUUGUGUUCACAUACCAUUUGUGUUCUUUCUUCUAGUAAACUUUUGCAAGUCAUAGGAGAGUAUUUGUGAAAUAUGACGCUGGUCUCUUGCGAGGCUCAGCAGUUUGUUCAGCUGAGACAAAGCUGUAAAGUCUGUUGCCAGCAGACAUUAAGAAAACAGCAGCUUUAGGUCACUGUGAGACUGCUUUUCUUUGGUGGUUUGUAGUGCUAAGUUGAGGAUUAGAUUAUGAAAAAAAAAUCUGAAUUCAACCUGUUUGUGUUGGACGUGUCAGCAUGCUGAUUUCAUGCUGUAAACUCUCCUGAUUUUCUUCCCCCACUAUGGAAACACCGGCACAGAAAGGUAGCACACACAGAGUGGGGUUAAUCCAUCCACAUUCUUUGGAAGUUAUAUACUUCAACACAAACUGGGUGUGGUGGUUUCUAAGAGCAAAAACUAUUUACAGUUGUUGUGAGUGUGCUGCACACCUUAACAGGUGUUUCUCUAAGACACCUUUCCUUGUAAUCCUACUUCAGAGAGAGACUGUGAGCCCUACCUCUUUCUGACAAACCUGUUGAGGGAGGCAAACUGAGAGUUUCCUCACACAAGUUUUGACAACAAACCAGACCGGGUGAAUAUUUAGUUUAAGGCGAUUUUUGUGCUCGUUCUCAAGAAUGUUGUUAUUUUUGAAAAAGACAGAAAAAUGGAAAUCUCAGUAUUUUAUUCUUAGUUUUGGUUCAUGUGACUCACUGAUGACUGGACAGUCAGGUGUGUGGGAAACAAAAGCAGAGAAACAAAGUGCCUACCACAUUAUUGACGUCACACACUGUUGAUUACCUCAGCAGCUUAUUCAUGUUUCCUGGUCAAGCUUUGUGUAUUAAAUACAGUGUUGUAGACCUGAUUCAUUAUUUUAGAUACAACAUCAACUACAAAGGGAAAUGCAUUUGCUGUUUUAUCAACCACUUAUACAUCCCCAGUGCAGAGAGAGUCUGAAAGUCCUAUAUUCAGAGCUCAAAUGGCCUUGGGUAGCAAUUACUGCCUCAGCACCAUGAGAUAUUUUGGACCCAGAACAAUACAGUAGUUAUGUGAGGGGGUAAAAUUUUCAGUUUACUGACGUAGCAGAGGAAAUUUCAAUAUUUUUUUUACUAGAAUGUCAAUGAGCAUUUUCUAAAAAGAGUACACUGAUUUUUUUAUUAUCAUAAUUACACAAAUGUACUAAAAAACUGCUUUUCAAUUGAAGUACAGAUGACUGUCUUCAGCUGUGAUGCUUUACUCUACAUGCUGUCAUCGGUGCUAAGAGGAUGGAUUUUAACUAUUUAAUAACUGGAUCUCUAAAUCACUCAAACUUUUUUCCUGUUUCGUUUAUAGUGGAUAAAAAAGUUUCUGUUUACACAAACCAGCCAUAACAUUAUAAACACUGAGACCAUGUAGUGUGUUUAUACUGUGAUCGUGCCGUUUAUAAGAUAUUGUUACUGACUUAAUAUAUCUGUUUGUGUGUGUGUGCAGAGGGAAUCCCUCAGGUGUACUACUUUGGUCCGUGCGGAAAGUACAACGCCAUGGUGCUGGAGCUUCUGGGGCCCAGUCUAGAGGAUCUGUUUGACCUCUGUGACCGCACCUUCACCCUCAAGACCGUCCUCAUGAUAGCCAUACAGCUGGUAAGACCUGAAGGAUCAGAGCUGCAAUCAUAGAGUGGAUUAAGAUCAACAAUCUUUGUUUAUUUAAGCUCAACAGGAUAUGAAGUGAAGCUUUCAAUAUAUUUUGUACAGUAGAGGUCAUUUGAAUGUGCUGCAAGGAAAAUGACUAAAAUAUCUGGUGUGUGGAUGUCAGGUUAUGUUCAUCCGUAUUCAGUUUUUGCUUGUGUAUUGUUGGAAAGCUAACUGAAUAAAAAGGUAAUUAAAAAUGACGUCAUCUGUUCAUUGUGCUCGUAGAUUACACGGAUGGAGUACGUCCACACCAAGAGUCUGAUAUACAGAGAUGUGAAGCCAGAGAACUUCCUGGUUGGGCGGCCAGGGAGCAAGAGGCAGCACACCAUCCACAUCAUCGACUUUGGUCUGGCCAAAGAGUAUAUAGACCCCGAGACCAAAAAACACAUCCCCUACAGGGAGCACAAGAGUCUGACCGGGACGGCACGCUACAUGAGUAUCAACACACACCUGGGAAAAGGUGAGAAAGAAACCAGGAACCAGACAGAUACUGUGAUGAAUCCUUUGGGUCUAAGUGGAAUUGAAUGAAUAUGUUAAAAAGAAUCAUUACUGACAAGUACACUGAAUUAUGAACAAACUCCUUUUUGUAGCUGCUUUUAAUCAUUGUAAACGCGUACCCUUGGAAAUGAGUGUACCUAAUAUGUUUGUUGAGAUCAGCACAGUGUCUUAAAGCUUGUCAAGAAUCUUUAUCUGCCUUUCAAACAUUUCUCUUGAGAUUUCUCUGAAGUGUAGCUUGAUUUCUGGGAAAUUUGAAGCUUGUAAUCGUUUUGAUGUGAUUUUUUUCCCCUUUUAUGGUGGCAAUAAUCAAUCAUGUUCCAGGAAGUGUUAACAGUCUGCAUGUUUACGUCCGACCAGUCACCUUAAGAGGGCGACCUCACUGAUAACCCUCAUUGAGAACCAAAAUCUGCAGACGGUUGGCUCUCCUUCGGCUUUCUGCUGUGCUGUUAAUCACAGCCUUCUAUUCAGCACUGUACUGUACAUAGAAAUUAUCACUCCCAGGUUAUUGUGUUGUACUGACUACUGCACAGUUGCCUGUUAACCUUGUCAGCCGCUUACAGAAUGAAUUUGUCUCUCACAGGUAAUCUAAUUUCUUUCUCGUUCUGUCGUUCCAGAGCAAAGCAGAAGGGAUGAUUUGGAGGCGCUGGGUCACAUGUUUAUGUACUUCCUCCGAGGCAGCCUCCCCUGGCAGGGCCUGAAGGUACUGAAGCAUAUUGCUCUGCAUCAUCCGUGGUGAUUUAUGUCAGGUUCCUGUAAUCCUUUCAGUGCGUAGUAAGGACAUACCCUCUCAAUACAGUAUCUCUUUCAUACUACAUAUCAUCCUCAUGACCUCAGGGACAGGAACCCUGCUCACAACUCUGUCCUCUUACUCUAAUGACUUUUCAAGGUCUACAAACUGAUAAAUCUGUGUUGUUUGUUGAAUUCGACCUGCUCUGACACUCACACACACUAUUGGCUGCUCAGGAUUCAAAAAGUCUCUGGAGUUUUCAAAAUGAUUCACUCAUCCUUUACAGCAAAACGGCCCAUCUGUCAAUCCCUUAUUCUACACAUUAACAAGCACUAUUUCCUUAACACUGAUCAGCUGUCUGGAUCCUGAAGAUACUUUUGCUGCAUUUGUAAAUCAGUUGACUGGACUCAGUUGAAGAGACUCAAACAUCCAUAGGGAGCUUGGAGUAAAUCCCCUGCUCUUCACGUCACAAGGAGCCAGUUGAAGUGGUUAGUUGAUAAGGAUGCCUCGUCUUAGAGGUGUUCCAGACCCCACUGAGUAGACCAAGAGCUUACUGGGGUGAUGUCUGGGUUGACUUGCUCAGACUGCUACUUCUGUGACCUGACCCAAGUGAAGCAGAAGAAAACGGAUGGAUGAAUGGACUCCACAUAUUAUCAAACAAUCCUUUUGAACCCAAUAGACGAAGCCAGAUAGCAUAACGGACAAACAAUAAAGCGUUUAAAAACGCACCGUUUCAAUACAUUUAAUGGAGUAUUAGACCACAUGCAUGAUGAAGAUCAAAACAAAUGUUUGAACGUUUCGCUCACCUGUAAAGAAGAGACAUCGAGUGUUAGGAGGGCAGGGUAUAGAUGCACACAGUUGCUCGCAGGCUUCAGAAUCAAAGGUGCACAUACAGUAGCGCUGACUACAAGACAAGACACCUCAUCUUAACAUUUGCUGUGUGGGAGGCAGCUCGUGGUGGAUGAAUGUGAGGGGUGUAUGAUUGUGGAGGAUGACGGGUGGCUCAGGCCAGCUCUCACCGACACACAGCAUAACAGUUGGCACCAAAACACAAUGAAGAAGUAUAGAUCUGGAACUAUGGAGUAUAACAGUAAACAAACCUGCAGGAGGGUACUUGGUAAGUGUCGCAGGAUUAGAGGGGGAGAAGCUUUUUUGGUCUGUAGUUGAUACUGGUACUCUCAAGAUGCUGCCUGAACAACACUACAGCGUGAGAACCUGUCCUUAUGAGAUAAUACUUCCUGUCGAAAAAGAGAAGUAAUUGACAGACACCAGCUGACUCCCUAGUGCCACACUGUGGUGUAGAAAUUCGGCUUUAAAGCUGGAGUGAAAGACUCUUAGACAGAAGUUAACCUCUGUUACUUUCAAGCCUUGGGUAAUUAAGUUCUACAUAUCUUGUUAAGCCUAUUAGUUGAUGGUAACGAGUGCUAAAAUACCAGUCAAUCAAAUUUUAUUUAUAUAGCCUCAAAUCAUAUGUGUUAUUGAUGUCAGUUAGGCUGAUGUUCAUUUCUGCAGCAAAAGUCCAGAGGAACCUAAGAGACUCAGGGACACUCAGAAAGAUUUGGUUAGUAACUUUAAUGGGACAUGAGGAUCUGAAGGAGAGAGAGGGACAGACAGGAGCUCAGUGUGCCAGAUCUAAACCUAUAGCAGCAUAACUAAGAGCUGGUUCAAACCUGCCCUAACUAUAAGCUUUAUCAAAGAGGAAAGUUUUAAGUCUAUUCUUGAAAGUUGAGAGGGUGUCUGCCUGCUGAUAGCUGAAAGCUCUACCUCUAAAACAUGAGGAACAUACAACCAGAAUUUUACUGAACACGACAGAUGAACAUGACUUUGCUGUGAACUUCAGUCAAUUUGAGCUGGCUGACAACCAGCAUACAGGUUGCAUCUCUCCCCCUGUUACUUUUUCUAUACCAGAUGUAAACAUGGUAUAGAUGCAUGCUAAAGAAGUUGAAGGUAUUCUAGUCUGUCCUAUUGUAUUUUGUUCUAUUUCUCUUACAACCAGGAGGGGGGAACAAAAGUUUUCUUACUGCAGCUUUAAAUUUGUGAUGCAGAAGGAUCUGUUUUUAAGUGCUGUGGUUUACACAAACGCAGUUUCCUACGUUUUUCGGUGACCUUGUGAAAGUCUAAAGCACCGUGGCAGACAGAGCUGAUUUUCAACAACACAAGCCUUCAGUGUGUCUCGUAAUGACUUGAGCACUUGACUAGCCACAGGAUUUGCAUUCUUUUCUGUGCUUAAUUACACCUGUUGAAUUGUACUGCAAGCAGCUCCAGAUGAACUCAGUUUCUACAUGUAAUAUGUAUUUCUAUGUGUCUCUCAGGCGGACACUUUGAAGGAGAGGUAUCAGAAGAUUGGGGACACCAAACGGGCCACACCCAUUGAAGUGCUUUGUGAAAGCUUCCCUGGUGGGUAGAAAUGAUCUGUUUCCGUUUGUUCCCAGCAUUAAUGAAUCUAACACUCACUAAAUGAUUAUUAUAAAAUAACAAUAUCUCCUCUUUGGUUACAGAAGAGAUGGCCACCUACCUGCGCUAUGUGAGGAGGCUGGACUUCUUUGAGAAGCCUGAUUAUGACUACUUGAGGAAGCUCUUCACCGAUCUGUUCGACAGGAACGGCUACGUCUUUGACUAUGAAUACGACUGGGUCGGCAAAUCACUUGUGAGUACCUCUUACUGAACCCUCUCAUCCUCUUCUGAAAUCAUUUGAUUGAGCCAUCUUGAUAGCAGAUGUUUCAUUUCUCUCACUGGUUUAUUGUCAGUCAACCCUUAUAUAUAAAUAUUUAAAAGACCUUCAAUGUCAUGAUCUAGAAACCCUGUUUCAAGGUCAUGGAGGUAAAUAGAGCUUGGGGAAAGUGAUAAUAUUCUGAGGAAUUCAGAGAUUUAAAUCCACAGAUUUGUGUGAGUGAAUGGAAAAAGUAAUUCUCUGAGAUUGAAGUGAACGUAUAACAAACUAAGGAGAAAUGCAGGGCUUGAGACUGAGACCUUGAUUUCACAAUGUGCGAGUAAGAAUUUCAUCUGGUAGUGCAUAUGUUGUAAUGCUCCCUCUAACACAGGCCCUGUAUUAGAAAUUGUGGUCGAAAGUCACCCUCUUUAUCACUGGCUUAGUCAGGCUCCUCCACCUGCACCCUCUCCUGUUCUGAAGGGAGAGUGCCAUCGCAUCGCACACCAAAGACAAACAGAACUUCACAACAACAAGAGUUUAGUUAUUUUCUCAAAUGAAGCGGUCUAUUGCUGAUUAUUUCUAAAAAAAAAAUAAUGAGGAGAGGGAGGAGGAGGAGGCUGGUGGUGAGGGAGAGCCAGCAAAAGGUGCCAGAUCAGACGGUACUGAUGAUGAAAAGGACAGUGAGACACGGCCGAGCAGCAGGUGAAGAAAAAAAACACUGCUUUCAACGAUUGUGGCGUCCACAGUACCCGUGGUUGCUGAAUGAGGGGAGAGCUAUGUUGUGUGUUUGUCAACAGUGUGGCCCAUCUGUUGCAGGCAACUCUAAGUGAGUAAUCGCUCAACAGAUGAGAAUGAAAUUGUCAUUUAGUUUAAUACAGUCUAUAAAAUAGCCAGAGAGGAACUUCCAUUCACACAAUUCAAAUCACAGAUCGUACUGAUGAAGAAAAAUGAGGGUCUUCUUUUAAAAUGAUAGAAAAGAAAUGAGCUUCUUCUGUCACGGACAAACUUAAUACUCACAGUUAAAUAUUUUGCAAAUGUCAUACCUCGCGUCACUGUUGAUCUUUACUUCAUAUGAAACUAUAGUAUGCCAAUUCAGACAGCUAUUCAUCUGCAUGCAUGGUCAUGCUGUUCCCCCAAAUAAAGACCAAAUCAUGUGCUGUGCUACCAGUGGGAAAAAUUAGUGUCGAGCCCUGGGAUGACUGAUAAGAAACUUGAAGUCUACGCUCUGAGUUAACAUUUCUAGUCAUUUUUGAGUGUUUUCUCUAAAUAUCACUGUCCUCUUUAGUCUCUACCUUUCUUCACCAACAUUUGGUCUGACUAAAGUUGAUGUUCUGUGUGGGGAAAUAUUCUAAAAUCUAUUUAAUAAAUGUUCUUCGGAAUCUUCUUUGAAUCGUCUCUUUUCUUUCCUUGUGUUUCCUGCAGCCCACACCGAUAGGCCCUAUCCCCAGCGACACGCCCCUGCAGCCGAGCAGCAGAGACAAAGCACAACAGCAGACCAAAAACCAGGUGAGUUCACCGGCAUUAAAGCAGAACAAACACCACAACCAACCAACCAACCAGCCAACCAGCUGACUGACCAACCAGCCAGCCAACCAGCCAACCCUGUCGGUCAGGUUCCCCUGCCAGACUGCUCUUAUAUAUUUACUUCCUGGAGAAAAUGGCUGCCGUUCACUUCCACUUCUUCAUUUGUGUUCCUGUCCACAGUCAGUUGUUGACAGUGACGUCAUCUAUCCAAACAGUCCUCGUCAGACACUCUGACUUUGAUAAACAGGUGCCUCAGUAGGAGAUGAAAUCCUACAAACAAUCACCAGAAAGGCUUUCUCUUGCUCCAGCUGUGAAACAAAGCUAUUCAAUGAAGUCUUCACACUUUGCCUCUCUAAGAUCAAGUCAUUGUGUGCAUGAGUUGACAAUGUGAACCACAUUGUUCAUACCAGCAAUGACGUACUUGGUAUGUGACAAAGUGUGGACCUAUUCCUCUUAGUGGCAUGCAAACCGAGCCUUGUAAUAGUGUAAGUUUAGUCUUAGAGUGAUAGUUGAAAACAAACAAGAAACAAGGAACAUGUUGCUGUACUUUAAAGGUCUGACUCAGAGGCUCCGAUAAAACCAUCCAGUUAGUACACUAGUUUUAUCAUGACUGAUUACAGUGAACUCUAGACUCUUUUUACUGCCCUCCAUUAUUGUGAUUAGCUUGGUAACAGCUUACCCAGCCAAUCACUUCUGAGCACAUUUUGUCAGACUGUGAAAACCUGAGACUUCCUGGUCUCAACAGUCAGCUGUAUCAGAGGAAAGCAUCUGCUGUCUGUCUGCGUAGCUGAAUCUGUUGGUGGGAAGAUAAGGCGUAGUGCCUGCUCUGCAAAUGAAAGCAGAACCUCUGACAGAAAGAAACUCUGAAGUUGAGCCUUUAAAAACACAUACGUGUUGUAUCAGAUAUGUAGUGCUAGCUGAGGUGAUCAAGGCUGUCUUCUUUUACUCCUGCAUGACUUGAUUUAGUGUGUUGAUCUGUGCUUUGCGUCAAAUUUUGCUCCCCUCUACUCCUCUAUUAACAUAGUUUGUCUUAACAAGCCUGCUUCUGCUUGGAAGAUGUCUUCUAUAAUUUUUUUGUUGUUGUUUCCUUGUUUUUUAUUCACUCACUCCCCUUUCCUCCUUGUCCCCCCACCACAUCGCCUCACCCCCUGACCCUCACCCUCCCCCCACCUCUUCUCACCUUUUCACCACCACCUGCCUCAACCCUUUUUGCUCUUUGCGUCAAGUCGCCUGAGCCCAAAGGAAGUGAGUCUCAGCCCACUCCAGUGACCAAUAAGGAGACUCUGGGGUCGCACCUCACAGCUGAGCGGCUGGGGGGCUCUGUUCAGGUACUGCUGCUAAUGCUACUGCUGCCGCUCUGAUGGCUGAUGCAUGUAGCCAUAUAGUUUUUUUUUUUUUCUGUGCGUGUCUGACCCCCCUCUCUCACUCUGACUUCACUCUGCCUGGCUGACAGGUAAUCUGUCCUGACUCUCUCUCUUUCUCUCUCUCUCUCUCUCUGACUGCAUCAGACCGUUUGAAUCCCUGUGUGUCAGUGCUUUGCCUGUUCUGUUUGCUCUCACCGCUUCAUUCGCCUCAUCUGCAAUUAGCUGCCCACAGGGAGGACCUUGAAAAGAUGACAUCCAACAGCAACUGCCAUGCAAACUUCAUGACAUUAAAAGAUGAAUUAAGAGCAUAAAUGGGGGAACCUUCACCUUUAACCACGUGUUCGUAAUGUUUUAUGGCCAAAUGUAAAUCAUUAGGACUAAGAGGCCUGCAUUGUUACUGUGGCAGAUUCCUGACACCCAGUGGUGGCUAAUUGAACUGCAGCUUUUAAAGAGGGGUUCACACUUUUCAAGUCUGUCCUAAAAUAUUCAUACCAUCGAGGACAUCUGCACUUACGAGGCAUGAACAGACAUGAAAAAUGUGAUCAUUCCGGUGUGGAGGGAUUUCAGGUGACUUGUUAAGGCGCUCUCCCCUACCCUACCUGAGACAGCAGCGACACAGAAGUAUUCACUCACACAUCUUUAAAUGUGAAUGUCCAUCACCACACUACGACCAGCGGCUCUGCGUUUUAAUUGUAGAAGUGAGCAGUCUGCCGUUCUUCUGUGCUUGUGCAGGUGAUGAGCUCAACGAAUGGCGAGCUGAACACUGAUGAUCCCACAGCCGGACACUCCAACGCUCCCAUCACCGCUCCCACUGAGGUUGAAGUGGCCGACGAAACCAAGUAUGAAACAGAUACAUAGAAGGGUUACAAAACCCUCUUGUACCCUCUUCUAGAUCUUUUUUAAAGUUUUAUGCUUUUGUCAAAUAUAAGCAGACAGUCAUUUAAAAAAUAAAAGUUACACAAGUGAGCAGAGAAGCCUCUACAUGCACCGUGUGAGGCAGAUUAUUUCUGAGAUCCUUCUCCACCCUUACCUGGUGUUAAAUCCAAACUUCUGCCUUUUAUUGAAUUUAGCGGUAAUACAAAAUGUUUCUAUGUCACCCCUUAAAAAUGAACUAAGUUGAUUACACAGACAUGAGCCUUAUCUGGCUGCAAGAGGUCAUAUCAUGAUUAUUUUUUUCUGUACUGUUUUUAUUAAGUUAGAUUGAAUUGUGUGUAUAUGCUUUAAUGAAAACACAAAAUUUUUUCCACCAACAUUUCACAUUUAAUACAAACAAAGUAUUAUUCCUAAUCUGCCCUGAACUUUACAGGGUGAGUAUAGACUAAGAGUCUUUUUAACAUUUUCAAACAGGAAGUGCUUUUAUGUACUCUGUCGUAUUUUUCAUACACAAGUCGACUUGUCAGAAGCAUAUUAAAAAUCUGGCUGCUUAACUGUUUGGAAAAACCGUCAUUAAGCCAUAGGGAACUUCACUUUAGAAUAAUGAAAACAAUCUCGUGUAAUCACAUGAUGCUAUAAUAAUCAGCUUGGAGCUCCAGAUGUUUUCUAAAUGUUCAUACACAGAGAAGGAAAUUUAUGAAAUCUUUGAAUCAGCAGUUUAAAGUAGGGGUGUCAACAUCUACACGUGUAAACAGAUGCACAGAUAACAAAUCAAAACCGUUUGGAAAAAUCAAGAGCCGUUUACAGGCUUUCUUUUCCUCCUCCUCGAUCAUAUCUCACCAAGAUAUAAACAUAAUGUUGCCUGAAAGCUUCAGAUAAUAACAUUAACGAACUAUACAUUUAAAUGUUCCCACUAGUGAAGUUCUCCGCAUACCUAAUAGAUGAAUUGGGCACAAUGUUACGUUCAUUAAUAAAUAUAUAAAGAUCCCGUAGCCUGCACAGUCAGUGUCACGUUACUUUUAGUUGACUCGGCGAUGGCGGUGGUCAACAAGUGGAGCACUGCCUGACAGUUUUUUGAACAAACUGCCAGUGGAAAUCCAGUUGAGUGUAGGCUAUGUCAGGUAAAGUUGGCUUACAACAACAACAGCACAGGGUCCAUGUUAACUACCUGCAAUGGAAACACCCGAACAAGUUGGAGGGAGAGAUUGCUGCUGGUAUUGAUGCUACGGCUAGCGAUUCACAGGCUAGCAUGAGGGAUUAUACAUACAACAAGGCGAAGAAAUGUGACAAGGCACAGAGUGAGCAUAUCAGCAACUUCAUAGCUGAAAUGGUGGUCCACGACAUCAUCAAAUCAAAUUUCAUAUCAAAUUUUAUGUAUCUGGUGCAGAUUCACAACAGCCGUCAUCCUAAGACGCUUUCCAAAGAAAAAGAGCAGGUCUAGACCACGCUCACUGUUUGAUGAUUUAUCAAGACCCAAACUAAUAUGGGAUUUGGCCCAUCUCAUCGAACAUGAGUGACAGUGGCAAGGAAAAACUUCCUUAACAGGCAGAAACCUUGAGCAGGACCAGGUGCCUGAUAGCUAAAAGCUCUACCUCCAAUACUACUUUUAGAGACAUUUCGUACAGCGAGCAGACUUGCAGACUGUGAGUGUAAGGGUCUAUGUUUUGGACCAGCUGUAUAGUCCUUAAAGACUUAUUAAUGCAGCCUGAUAAGAGAGAAAUACAGUAAUCCAGCCUAGAAGUAACAAAAGCAUGGACGAGUUUGUCUGCAUCACUCUGAGACAGGAUGGGUCUAAAAAAAAGUGGAAAAAAGCUAUCCUUGAGAUUUGUUGAAUGUGGGAGCUAAAGGAUAAAUCCUGAUCAAAUAACACUCCCAGAUUCCGUACAAAGAGACCUGAUGCCAGACUGAUGCCAUCUAGCGUAGUUAUGUUUUUAGAAAAUACCUCUCUAAGGUGUUUAGGACCAAGGACAAGAACUUCAGUUUUGACAUGCUGCCUGUGUCAAUGGUUGAGGAUGACUGGAGCCAGGCUAUGAAAUUCCCUGCAGAGCAACAGUUAGCUCACAGAUAUCAAAGUAGGUUUUCUUGUGUGUCAAAAUGAGAGAUGAUUUUAUUUUUAAGUCAUUUUACUUUCUGUCAUAAGUAGGCCUAAGUCUGAAAAUGUUAAAUGAAGUUCUGUGAUUUAUUUUUUUUAUGUUGAUUAUAACUUAGUACCUAUUUGAAGUGUCUGAUAACUACUGGAAUGGCUUUGAUUUAAUGGGAUCAGGAGGUGUUUGAGUGGAGACUGAACCUUCUAGUGGUUAUACAGCGCAACUGCCAUAUAAAGAGAUCUCCGCCGUCGGUUAGAAUCCAGGUUUACACGUGUAGAAAAAAUUGUAAACAUUGACACCCUUAGUUUAAAGUAAACACUGUGUCAGGUGUUGUGUUUAUAAACUGACAUGUUAUCAGUUCCUUUUUCUAAAUGUAGUUCUCCUCUGUGUCCUGCAGGUGCUGUUGUUUCUUCAAGAGGAGAAAGAGGAAAGCCCUCCAGAGGCACAAGUGAAAGAAGAGAACAGAGAGAACUUGAAACAUUGUGGUCACUGUCAAGUUUUAAAUGGAAGCAACUACACAGACCCCACCCCCACCCCCCACCCAUCCGUGUUCCUUAUCUCUUUCCAGCUCUCCUCCUCUCACCUCUUUCUCCCUCUCACCUCAUUUCCUCCAUCACUCUGUACCCCCCUUCCCUUUCGCGCUCUCUCUUUCUCGUUCUCAGAGCUCCCCAGCUUCUGGUGAGCUAA